AUGACGAGCGAAGAUGAUUCUCAUGAAAAAUCUCAAUUCAUUCCAACUAAGUUCAAAUGGCAGCAAUGGGGUGAUCAUGUUUGUAUAGCUGGUUCAUUUGAUCCUCCAACACCAUCAUGGACUCCAAUUGAAAUGCCAAAAAAUUCAAAUGAUGUUCACGAAGUCGUUUUGGAUUUAUUACCAAAUAAAAAGUAUUGUUAUAAAUUUGUUAUUGAUGGUAGUUGGGUUUUGGAUCCUUCUUUACCGAAAAUCUCUGAUGAACAUAAUAACGAGAAUCAUGAAAUUUGCGUGGAUCCCGUUUCUGAUGAAAAGUCCACCGAGAAACCUGUUGAGGAGGAGAAUAAUGAGAAUGGAGAAAAUCCUCAACUCGUUCCACAAAUAGUUGAGGAUCAAACGGAAAUGAAUCAGGACGAUGAAGUAGUUGUAGAAUUAAACGUCCUUGAGGAAAAUGAUCAAUUUUUCAAUGAAUCCUUGGACCAACGGGCACAAAUGAAUCAGAACGAUGAAGAAGUUGGAGAAUUAAACGUCCCUGAGGAAAAUGAUCAAUUUUUCAAUGAAUCCUUGGACCAACGGGCACAGACCGAAAAAAGUUUCACACAGGCGCCCGAAAUUGGAGAACCUUCCUCAACGGCCUCAAUCAUAGAUAACGAUUCCACAAAAGGAACAAUUCUUGAACCUGAUGUUAAGUUAUCCGCAGAAAACGUCGCAAUUGAAAAUCCUAAUGAAUUUCAAUCAAAAGAAUCACAUGAAUCUGACGGAACGUCACAAAUUAUUACCGAACCUAUCAAGGUAUUAAUUAAACCCGUUGAAAACGUCGAAGAUAUCGAUAAAAAAAGUAUUUUUCUUGAUCAAGAAAGGAAAGGGGGAGCAGACGAUGAAAUUUCAUCAAAUAUUCCGCCACAAGGAACCGUUCAAAUUGAAGAUCCAAAAAAUUCGGCCACCUCUGAAAAAACCGAUACAACGGUGGUGGAUCCAUCUGAAUUGGAAAUUUUCAAUAAUUUUUCUUGGGCUAAAGAUGAUUUGUCAGACGAUGAUGUUACUAGUUCAUGGUUAGAACCACCAGUGCCAGAUUAUAUUGAACCACCUUCUGAAUGGACUGUAGGUAAAAAUGAUUCCGUUGUUUGGGCUGAAGAUUCUCCGGAUUCAAGCAUUCAAUUGCCAAAUAUCGUGGAAGUUUACGCAAAUAAAGAACAAUUAUCAAGUACCUGGAGUGAUGAAACGACAACUGAGCAGAUUAAACAUUCAAAUGAGGCUUUGUUAAAUGAAAUUCCAUCAUCUACAAAUAUAAAUGAUAGUUUGGAAACUCUCCUAGAUAAGAAUGAUGAGGAGCCACCCGUAAAAACAACCCUUGUUGCGGAAGAAAAGAAAGAAAAGAAUAAGGUCCUUAAGUUCAAGGAGAAUGUUGUUGAAUCUGAUCAAGGUGUUAUUAUUAAAAAUAAACUGGUUAUUAAAGAAACCAUUACCUGCCCUCCAUUUAAGGUAAAAGAAAAAGUAGACGAACCAUCAUUGGUUGAUACUGCGUAUUUAGAACCAGAAAGUAGUGCUACAGCUUUUAUGAAGAUACCGUCAAUGUCCACAGUUGUUGCAGCACCAGUAAUCGUUGAUAACACAAUUUCACAAGACUAUCAAGGUCAAGAUAUUGAAAAAGGAACUCAAUCAAUCUCGAAUGCUCCGGCUGGCAAGAUAAGUCAACGUAAGAUCAUUUCGUUUUCACCAAAUGCGUCACCUGGUGAAUCAACACGAAAUGCUGAUACAUGUAUUCAAAAUAUAGCUACCUUGUCAUCACGAGAAAUCGUAUCAACUCCAACCAAAGAAACAACCACCAUAAAGUCCAAGGUCAAGAAACCUAAAGAGAUGUUAACAUCUCGACCAAAAGAUCAAGUUUUAGCUGUACAACGUAAUGAUAUUGUAGAUAGUGGGGGUGGUUUGAUCAUUUUGGUCACAUCAUUAGCAACGACGUUUACCCUUGGAAUAAUUUCGAUGUUAUAUAAAGCCGUUUUCGGAAAGGCAAAGAAUAAAUAG